ACUUCACUUAAUACAGUCACAAGACCUCUCAGCUGAGGCUGUCUGCUUUUCGAUUUUGUAAAUCCAAGAAUUCCCUGAAUUCUAUCCCAAUUUCAUAGCGGGAUUAGAUUUUAUAGCCAAAAUGGCUAAUAUUAACGAUGAAAGUGUGAGCAAACUUAUACCCACGCUGGGAGAUGAUAAAAUCGAUAUGAUUGCUGCUACCAGUGUGUUGCAAAUUCGAGCCAGCGAAAUCCGUCAAUCCCAAAUUAAUUGGCAAUCUUACUUGCAAUCGCAAAUGAUCACCCAGCGUGACCAUGACUUCAUCGUGAACUUGGAUCAACGCGGGCACAAGGACCUGCCCGACAAGAACCCCGACACCUGUGCCGAAGUGUUCCUCAACCUGCUGACCCAUAUCAGCAAGGAUCAUACAAUCCAGUAUGUCUUGGUGCUGAUUGAUGACAUUCUCUCGGAGGAUAAAUCCAGAGUGAAGAUUUUCCGCGAAAAUAGAUACAUAAAUAAUGUGUGGCAGCCAUUUUUGAACCUGCUCAAUCGCCAGGAUGAGUUUGUGCAGCACAUGACUGCGCGUAUCAUCGCCAAGCUCGCCUGCUGGCACCCUCAGCUGAUGGACAAGAGUGACUUGCAUUUCUACCUCUCAUGGCUGAAGGACCAACUCAAGAUGAACGCGGAGAAAAUGUCCGCCGAGUUAGCACAGGCUGAGCAGGUUAUGUUGGCGCAUGAGAAAGAGCAUUUCGCCGUCGAAAAGAUCACCAAACACCAUCAGCACAAGGAGAAGACCGCCACGGCCGAGGGCCCUGAGAAAUAUUCGAGCCUUUACAGCUCUUUCGACGAACUGAAACCCCAUGAGGACUUGCCGCCUGGUCUGCAUCAGAACAACGACUACAUCCAGUCGGUAGCGCGCUGCCUGCAGAUGAUGCUGCGCACCGACGAGUACCGCUUCGCCUUCCUGUCGGUAGAUGGCAUCUCCACCCUGCUGUCCAUCCUCGCUUCAAGGGUUAACUUCCAGGUACAAUACCAGCUGGUGUUCUGCCUGUGGGUGCUGACCUUCAACCCGCUGCUAGCUGAAAAGAUGAACAAGUUCAACGCCAUCCCGAUCCUGGCGGAUAUCCUGAGCGACUCCGUCAAGGAAAAAGUCACGCGCAUCGUGCUCGCUGUCUUCCGCAACUUGAUUGAGAAGCCUGAGGACUCGCAGGUCGCCAAAGAGCACUGCAUCGCCAUGGUCCAGUGCAAGGUGCUCAAGCAGCUGUCCAUCUUAGAGCAGAAGCGUUCAGACGACGAGGACAUCAUGAAUGACGUGGACUUCCUCAACGAGCGCCUGCAGGCCUCCGUGCAGGACCUCAGCUCCUUCGACCAGUACGCCACCGAGGUCAAGAGCGGACGCCUGGAAUGGUCGCCCGUGCACAAAUCGGCCAAGUUCUGGCGCGAGAACGCUGCUCGCCUCAACGAGCGCGGCCAGGAACUGCUGCGUACGCUCGUACACCUGUUGGAGAAGAGCCGCGACCCAGUGGUCCUGGCUGUGGCCUGCUACGACGUGGGUGAAUACGUACGUCACUACCCUCGCGGCAAGCACAUCAUCGAGCAACUUGGCGGCAAGCAGCGCGUGAUGUACCUCCUCAGCCACGAAGACCCCAACGUGAGAUACGAAGCCCUCCUCGCCGUCCAGAAACUGAUGGUGCACAACUGGGAAUACCUCGGCAAGCAGCUAGAGAAGGAACAGACCGACAAACAGGCGGGCACUGUCGUCGGCGCGAAGGCCUAACAAUGUUAAUGUAUAAAAUGAUAUUGUCAUUUGUUGUUGUUAUAGUUAUCUAAGGUAUGCUGGACUUGCAAUUUGUAACUAUUCAUUUUCACAUACCGUUAUUAUGCUUUAAAGUUAUAUCGAACAUUGCGCUAUGGUAAUAUUGUACAUACUGUUAAUAAUGUAACACUCUUUGAAUUUGUCGCGUUUUACCAUACACACAAAUCGUCAACCUCGCAAUGUACCCCAAUAUACUUUUGUCCUAAAUAACGUAAAUGUAUAGCAACCUCAAAUCGUGUAUUUUAUUUAAUAAUGUGAAUGCUGUAAAUAAAUAUUGCAAGCCAAUCGUAUUAUGUGUUUAUCCAAAUCUAGCAUAUAUUUACUGUUGUUAUUCUUGAAAUUAAAUAAUAUUUAUGUUAAAUUGGAUUGUAAUUUUAGAAAAUGUCAAGUGUCGAUCAGCACAUUCCUGUAACUUCUAUGAUAUAUAAAAAUAAUAAAUUGUAAUUCAACAAUGCUUAUGAUGUUCUAUAGUGGGUGUCCAACUCACGAGUAUAGUAGAAAUUAAUGUAGAAGUGGGAUAUUAUGACGUAACGUAACACGCUGCAUCAGUAUUGUGAAUAAAAAGCCAUAAAAUAGCUAAA